CUCAGUGCACGCUGAGUCGGUGUCUGUGUGUGUGUGUGUGUGUGACGUUUAAUAAUUUGCCUUUAUUAGUAAUAUAUGAAGAUGUUUGGGACACUUUGGCAGUUCAAGAAGAAGACGACAUUCCUGAUUUCUACGAUGAUUACAUGAGUGAUGACAAUAACGCUUAUCUCAAUGGCGAGGUGCGGCGCCUCCUAAACGAACACGUGGAGAACCAGCAAUUCGUGUCGUCUCUGGAGUCACAGUUCUACCAGAUCACGUACCCGGUGCAGCUGCAGAGGCACGGCAAAUCCCAGGGCAUCUCCACCCGUGACGCCAGCAAGAUUAACGAGGAGUUAUGGCAGGAUGCGAGCGAUGGCAAGAGUAACCAUAUCCGCCGCACCUCCUACAGAAUAAAAGCCUUCAGCCACGUCUUCACGGUCGACCUUGAGCUCAACACGCAACUGCUUUCCCCCAACCUGGUCGCCCACCACCGCAUGAGGGAUCGCUCCAGCAACAUUGACCACAACCUGGAGCACUGCUACUACCACGGCACAGUGAAGGACUACUCGGGCGCCAUCGCUGCCUUCAGGACCUGCAAUGGCUUGGCGGGCAUCAUCCAGCUGGGCAACGAGACUCUCCUCGUCUCCCCGAUGGUUGGCGGUGAAAAGCUGCCCAAGCACCCGCACUUCGUCAUCGAAUCGAAGAACACUCACAUCAGGCAGAAGUGCGGUUACCAGAGUGGCUACGAGUGGGACAACUGGGUGGAGAAUUACAACCGCCUGAGUCGAGGACGCAAGAAGAAGCAGACGAGGCACAGGUACAUUCGUGACGUGAGGACCACCAUCAAGUACAUCGAGACGGCUCUUUUCCUCGACAAGAAAUUCAUGGAAGACCGCAACUACUCCCGAGUGAAAGCAAUCAGCGACGCUCUUCAAAUCGCCAACAUCGCAGAUCUGUACUUCAAAACCAUCAACACCAGGAUCACCAUCACCUACCUGGAGACGUGGUCAGGCAGGAACCUCAUCGAUCUGGGCAGGAAUCAACCAAUAUCCACCGCCGUCAUCAAUUUCUACAGUUACGUUGGGGAAAACCUCAACGAAUUUCAGAAGGACACGUCGCACCUUAUCACUGGGGAGCAGUUCGAGGGCGGAGAGUCAGGCAUGAGCGUACCUAACAGCGUGUGUACAUCCAAGGCUGCUGGCAUCUCCGUGGACCUCAACGUGUACGAGCCCCACCUGGCGGCCUCCACCAUGACCCACCAGAUUGGCCACAACAUCUACAUGUCCCACGAUGACGGAAAGCAAAAUUGUUACUGUCAAGACUGGCACGGAUGCAUCAUGUCAAAAACCGUGGUGGGUCAGGACAACGUGCAGCCGUCGAAGUUCUCUAAGUGUUCGGUGGAUGACUACCACCAGUCCCUGCAGCAGAUUGACGAGGCCAGCUGUCUCCUGAGAACACCCUCUAAGUACAAAACGAAUCGUCCAGGGCCAGGAGGCAAGCCGACACACACACAUAAAGGCAGACCUGCUCAGUGCUUCCCUCAGCUGUUCCAGUGUGGCAAUGGACGAGUGGAUGAAGGGGAACAGUGUGACUGUGGCACCAGGGAAGAGUGUGACCGCAUUGACCCGUGUUGUGACCCAGUGACUUGCCGCCUCAAACUGGAAGCAGACUGUGCCACAGGGCCAUGCUGUGAUAACUGCCGGUUGCGCCCCAAGGGCUUUUUGUGUCGUAAAGCCCAAACAGAAUGUGAUAUCCCAGAGUUCUGCAAUGGCCUUCAUGGCUCCUGUCCCAUGGAUAUAUACAAGAAAACUGGGAACAAGUGUGGUAAUGGGAAGGGCUACUGUUUCAAGGGUGUAUGUCCAACACUUAAUAAUCAAUGUGAAGUCAUAUGGGGUUAUGGAGGUCAAGCUUCAGAUGAAACUUGCUAUAAACAGUUUAAUGUGAAUGGAGUUAUCAAUGGCAACUGUGGACGUCACCACAAUGGUACCUAUAUUAAGUGUGAACUUGGGAACAUCAUGUGUGGUACUUUACAAUGUCAACAAGGAAUGGGGCAUCCAGUGUCACCAAAUGCGGAUCAGAGUUACUCCCGGACUAUUGUUGCCAUGGCUGGGCAGGAAUAUGAGUGCAAAACUGUUCGUUAUGAAAUGUCUGAUGAAAGAAAAGGAAGAGGAGACUGGACACUAGUUCGGGAUGGUACAGCCUGUGGUGAAAAGUUGAUCUGUGUCAACCAAACGUGUGAAUCAUUGUAUCCAUACAUUGAGCCUGGACACUGUGAAACUAAUAAUAAUGCCCUUGAAUGUUCAGGACAUGGGGUGUGCUCCAAUGUCAACUCCUGCUACUGCACCCCGGGUUGGACUGGGGUAGACUGCUCGAUUUUCGACAACAGUUCUCUCUACACCACACCUUACCCAGAUGCCACCCAGAGGACACACCGUCCCACCACCACAGAGAAGAAUACUAAGAAUGCUGCAUCUAAUUCCAGCGGCACACCUGGACGCAACACACAAUAUGUUGGGCAGCAGGGGAGUGACACGGUGUACCUCGUGGUGGGGUUGGUGUCAGGAAUGGGCGGGGUGUUCUUUGCGUUUGCGUUCAUGGCUUUGUGCUACAGGUCAGUGGUAGUCCACAAAAAUUUCUCCCUGUGUCUAAGACGCAAGACAACAAUGCCCAAGUAUGAUGCACCUUAUCUCAAGAGACCAAUAGUUAAGAAACCACCUCAGCAGCAUCUUCAACCCAUGAUGGGUAAAACAGAAGAAACUCCCAUAGACUUGGGUAGCCGCAUCACAUUUGGAAACAUGCCCAGUUAUAGCCCUGGGCGUCCACCUCUGAGUCCGACACUAUCUCGCAGCAGGUCGCUUGACUCGUGCCGUGAGCACAAGCUUCAGACGAUGAGGAGGUCCGGGGCCCCAGGUGGUGGCUCUCAGUCUGAAGAAGAAGCACUACAAUCAGGGGAGGAUGAGGCGGUGUCGUUCAUUGAGCUACCAUCUAACAACUUGAGCAAGAUACCUGAGAAGGGAAUCCUGAAGAAGUCAUAUGGCCUCCUCACGCCAGCAGAGAAGGAGAAGUGGGGUGAGGAGUCCCAGAGCGACAACAACGAUGUCCUCAGCCAGAGUGAUAACAACGUUGAUACUGAGUGCCAAGUUUCGGAUGUUGAACGAACACUUAAGAGUCUGAAUGGCUAUCAUGAAGACAUCAUCGACGCUCUUAAACGAGCUGCAUCACAUCGUUCAGGAGCAACAUCCAUGUCCUCAGAUGAGUUGCACACUGCUCAUCGCGAUUCAUAUCCACGCUUCACACCUGGAGCCACUGCUGUCGGUGGGCCAGCAGAAUUCACCAGACUUAAAGCAUCUCAUGAAAAACUCGCUGAUUCUGGAGGAGAAGAUGACCAAGCACCACCCUGUGUCCCAAUCAGGAUUCGUAAUCUAGAGGACUUAAUACGCCAGCUUGAACACCAUCCGUCUCGCCACAUGUCGCCAUCAGGGUCUGAGGAGAUCAGGAUGAGUGAGACGGAAGCUGACCGCCAUUAUCGUCUUGACUCCUCUUCCUGCACAGAGUCACAAGGGUAUGUGAGGCCGUGGCGCCGAGGGCAGGAGUUUGGGCACGGGGACUUCGGUGGCCCUCUUGCAGGGCCUUCAGGCUCCCCAGGGACUCCCGGAGACAAAUUGGCAGAGUUGCUGCAGCUGGCAUCCCCUGAAGACCACGAGAGGAUCCUGCGUGCCGCAGCCAUGCUGUCCCCAGAGAGUCCCACAAGAGGCAGAGCAGACAAUGGUGGAAUGGGUUUCGUAUAUGGUCGGUACAGACAACCUCCGAGCAGUGGGAGUGGGACAGGGUCUGCCAGUGGGCGUGGUUCAGAUAGAUUAGGAAGUGGUGGGCACGAAUUCUCGGAUGGGGCAGACAGUCAUGCCUUCACAGAGGAAGAUGAUCUUGAAAGACCAGAUGCUGGGGAAACGGCAGAUUCAGAGAGUGAUGAGUUUGUGGUCCUCCCCAAAGGCGUCCGCACGCAUGCUGGGCAAUACUUUUGGCCUAUGAGCAAAUGAACUAUGGCGGGAGGGCAGCCAAUGUCAGUGGUAGUGUGGCUGUAAGCUGUCUUAACCUGCCAGUGAGAGCCUUUCAGGAGGGCACCUCACUCUGUGUUGGAUACACACAUGACACCUGGGGCCGAACCCUAUCCUAUCUUCUGCUACUUCUACCACUACAACCACCACUACCAUCACCACCACCACUACAACCACCACCAUCCUCAUCACUGGUGCCCAAUUACAUGGGCUAACCUGUGACUCUCCUACUGCCUGCGGCCUGAGGUGACGUGUGCGUGUCUCUUGCAGUGAUGAGUAUUCGGCGAGACCACCCAGUGCCCUCCUGCGCUCUGCAAGUGAAGAAGCACUGCCAGUCACACGCUACGAGGCUGCGAGGUUUGAGGCAGCUUCACCCAGGGAGCCACGUCUGUACUCACCACCCUCUGAUGCUGCCUCGUAUCAUGAGGAUCAGGACUUCCCGCCCACAGAGCAGCAAAAUCAAGAACCACAAGAAGUUGCAGACCCAAACCAUCCCCUCUGUUCUCAGAGGAGGUAUCCUGAGUACAAGCACUGACAAUGGCCCUAUUAGGAUGUAUAAAGGGUCAUGCUUUGACAGAUUGAUUAUCACUAGAAAAUGCUGAAGACUUUAUGGGUAGUUGAUUAAUAUUCCUUGAAAUUUGAGUCAAACUAUCCAUGGUAAAAGCUAUAUUUUAUGAGACAUAAGGGGAUGAAUGAUAAUCAAAGACAUCACUAAGUAAAGGGAAAGUCGAAUAAUGUUUAUUGACUGUAAUAACCAAUGUGUAAUAAGUAUAUCAGUAAAAGACUGAUUAAAUAUUUCUGAAAACAUUUGCAACAGGUGGUUGCUUUGAUAUUUCUACUGUGUUAGUGAGGUGAGUACUGCCAUUUUUAUUGAAAUAAAAACUGCUGCAGUACUGAAGUAAGGCUCCCAAGUGUUGUGCCCCAAGUCAAGACUGCUCUCAACUCCGAAACGUGUUCAUGAACUGAUUGCUAUCAACCUCUUAGUGCCCUGACUCAUGCCUCAAGGGGACAUAUGCCACUGUCAACAAUCAUAAUUUUACACUGUACAGAAAUCAUUUUUAGAAUAAAGUCAUCUGAGGAAAAGAUUUAACAGGGCCAUGGUCAUGAAUGUUCUAACUGUGUGUCUCAAAAUGCUUCUGGUGAGACUGAAAAAUAGGAUUUUAGUUUGCUAGUGCAGACUUAGCCGUCCAGCGCACGAGUGAUACUCAAUUUCUUCACCAUCAAGAUGUCAGUUCCGUUGCUCAAACUGAGUGAAGAAUGUCAGCUGUGUAAUAUCUUGAAAUAUCAGUUUGAACAUGACCUAAACGCUUCUGUUAAUAUGUGUAAUAUAUAUAAAUAUAUAUACAUGUAGUUGACAAGUGACACAUCUGAAAAAACGCUCUCACUCUAUUUUUCAUCUUAUUUAUUUUCCACUCAUUGUAUCAAAUUUUGACAAAAGAAUAGUGGACAUUUACCAGUUCCUUGUCUGUCAGUAUCUUGUCAACAAACUCCCAGAAUUAUCACAGAAACUAAAUGUUUCUACAUACAGUUGUGUAUCAUAACACACUGCCCAUUUAAAUCUUUUUCACAUCAUAGGUGGCCAUGACUGCUCACCCAGUACCUUGUAAAUAUUUUAUAGACAGGGUGUCAAUGUUUGCCUUUUGCUGCACUGCAAAAGUUCAUGGCCAGCAUUUAGGGUUUAGGCUGACCUGCCAGCUGUUAUGAUUAAUACCAGCAGUUUGCUAAUCAACCCUUCUACAGUAGUAGCCAGCUGGCUGUCAGUGAUUCUCCAGAUCAGGAUCCUACUAAAGAGUUUCAUCAUGUGAGUAUGCAAUUCCCACCUCUAAAAGUCUUGUCAUAUUUUAGGCUUUUUUUUAUAAAAUUAUUGUUCCAAUUGAAUUGUUUCUUUUGAGAGACCAGAUGUAUUAAAAGUACUCUUAGUCCAUUGUAAUUACCAUGAUUAUGUAAACAUGGCAAGCUCAUUUUAGUUAUAUUAAUAUUAGACAAGUGUUAAAAUUUUCUAAUAUUAAUGAAUUAUAUGAGAAUUAUUAAUGAUCUCAUAAACUUUUCAUAUAAUUUCAAAUUUGUAAAUUUAUAUUAUUGAAAAGUGUCUAGUAGAAGGUGAAAAGUGCAGUGAGUGGUUAGACAGGUUGUAUACUGUAAUAAGACUGUAUUAAUAUUUAGGUAUUCAGUUACUGUAGACAUUUAAUAACAUCCAGCCUUCUACCCUGAUUGUAAUCAAAACAGACAUUUAGAACUGUUUUAAAGUCUGUCUGUUAUGUACAAGUCAGGAACAACUUUCCAGCAGCUGGUACUCCAAGUGAUGCUCAAGUAUGUAACAUACAUUUGUUGCAAAAUGGAAAGUCAUAUUAUCAGUCAUUGCCUUCUGAGAAGGUAAAAUGAAGGCUGAAUUUGAGGAAUGUGUACGAGUUGUCAACUUCAAAAAAAAAAAAAAAAAAAAAAAAAGUGCCUUCCAAGAAGGCAAAAACCAAAAUGUUGCUGAAGAGCUUAAAGUUACCAACCAUCAAAACAAAAUGCUCCCUUGUUCAUAUCUUUGAGGUGACCCAAACAAAAGUAUUUUGUUUUAUAGUUAAGUUGUGUGAUAUGAUCUGUUGUCCUACUGCCAAUUAAAUAUCAUUAACUAAUCAUAUUUAUGAAUAUUUUUUUGAACAGAAUAUAAUAAGUGCAUAUAAAUUAGUGUAAUGUUAUGGAAUGGUAAUCCUAUAUCAAAAUACAUACUUUUAUAGAUUGACAGCAGAAUCGGUAUAUUGAAAGUAACAUUAUUGUGAAUGUAAAUGUCAAGAAAAUGCACAAUCUUAAAUAAUUUCACAUCCCUUUUAUUAUUUAACAGCUUCUUCCAUGAAAUUAAUUACAUCUGUUGUGUCUCACCAUUUAUAUGACUGAAAUAAAGAUAAAUACAGCAUUUUAUUAAAAGAGGCAUGGAAGUGUUAAGCAAUUACUCUUAUGUGAGUCUACAUUAUAGCAACUCCACUGUCAUCUAUAAAUAUGUUAUCUAGGUAGCUAAUAAAAAUUUAUUUCAGUCAUGAUAAUUAGUGAGAUAUCAUAUAAAAAAUAAUCAAGACCUCUCUUGUGUGACACCAUGGGGGGCAAGUGUCAAAAUGUUAGAUAACUCUAAUGGUUAUAAUUUGUACUAAAUAUAUGGAUGGUUUAAGUCAAUUUUCCAGAGGAAAUAAGAACCUCAGUACAUGCAUCACUGGAAACAGGAAGUUAAUUACAGAAUAAAUGCAAAACAUGCCACGUUGAUCAGCCUCAUGUAGAGCAAGUAAUGCUUUAUUAUUAUUAUUAUUAUUAUUAUUAUUAUUAUUAUUAUCAUUAUUAUUAUUAUUAUUAUUAUUAUUAUCAUCAUCAUUAUUAUAUUUUUAUUAUUGUUAUUAUUAUUAUUAUUAUUAUUAUUAUUAUUAUUAUUAUUAUUAUUAUUAUUGACAUCGUCAUCAUCAUAUGGAAAAUAAUAUUAAUGAAGAUUAGUCGAAGACCUCAAAUAGUAACUAAAGAUUUGUAAUCAGAACUAAUUUACUGGAACACCAAAAUCUGGUUAAAUCAAAAUUGCUCGCACAUUGCUACGCUGAUGCUUCAAUUCUUGCAAGGCUUUAGUCCAUUUCCUACCUGGUACUUCCUAAUGUGAUCUACUCAACAGUAUAUAUAUAUAUAUAUAUAUAUAUAUAUAUAUAUAUAUAUAUAUAUAUAUAUAUAUAUAUAUAUAUAUAUAUAUAUAUAUAUAUAUAUAUAUAUUAUAUGUGUGUGUGUGUGUGUGUGUGUGUGUGUGUAUUAGAAGCAUAGCUCCCUUCCUCUAUAUCAUACAUAUAAUCUCUCUCACACACACACACACACACACACACACACACACACACACAUGUACAAAUUAGUAAACAAUAUAGACAGAAGUGACUUGGCAUUACAGAUGGAGAAGGGAGAGAAAUGUAUUAGGGACAUGGAAAGAAAGUAAAGAAGAGUGAAUAUUCGAGUGACAUAAGAUACACAGCUUCCCAUAAUGAACUGCUGAAAUCUGAAAUAAUUUGAAAGAAGAGGUGGUAGUGGCAAACAGUGUACACAUGUUUAAAAAGAAACUGAAUAAGUAUGGACAUUUUGACAGGAUGGAAUGAGCUUUGGCUUGUUCCCUGUACAAUACAACUAGGUAAAUCCGAACACACACACACACACACACACACACACAUACACACACACACAAAAAAAAAAAAAAAAUUGAUUUCCAUGAUAAGACCAAGAUUGGAAUAUGCAGCAUUGGUGUGGUCUCCUCAUACAAAGAAAUUUAUUAUAAAAUUAGAAAGAGUACAAAAAGCAGUCACUAAAAUGGUUCCAGAGUUGAGUAAAUCGACCUAUGAAGAGAGAUUAAAAAUGUUGGAAAUUCCUACCCUUGGAAAUAGGAGAGAAAGAGAGGAGAUUUAAUAAACAUCUAUAAAAUGACAAAUGGUAUGGAAAAUGUGGACAAAGAAGGUUUUAUAAAUUUAGACACACAGAGUACAAGGGGGACAUAAUAGAAGUUGAAGAAAGUUAACUGUAGAAGAGACAUUAAGAAGUAUAGUUUUCCUUACAGAAGUGUGAACAAAUGGAAUGAACUCAGUGAAGACAUUGUAAAUGCAGAAACUAUUAGUGCUUUUAAGACCAAACUAGAUAGAUAUAGAGAUGGGAUACUAUGAGAUUACUCCCCUCCCAUAAACCACAAUUAGGUAAAUACAACUAGGUAAAUACACACACACACAAACUAUUUUUUUUGCUGGACGGGUGGAUUUAACAACAUUAAAAUGUUAUUCAGUUAUUUAGGUAUAUGUGGAAAAUUUAUAAGAAAACCCCUACAUGGAAUACAAUCAGACUGGAUUUUACUAUAUCAGGGAAUCACCAAAGUUAAAAUUUCUACAUGAGCAAUUGUUCUCUCUCCCCGUGGAGUCCUGGAAGCUAAGCUGUGAGGAAAUGCCUGGGAAUUUUAUUUGGAAUCUCACUGUAUGCAGCAUCUAGAUGCCUUGCCUUGGCUAUACCCUUUUAUCAAGAGUGGAUAUGGAUAGAUAAAUAGAUGUGUGUGUGUGUGUGUGUGUGUGUGUGUGUGUGUGUGUGUGUAAAGUAGUAGUAGUAGUAGUAAAUAGCAGCUGCAGCAACUGUGGAGAGAGUUCAAUGUUCCUUUAAUUACAGUUUAAUAUUCAUGAAAUAAAACUAUAGGAUUGUCUCAGUGAUGAAUAGCAGACUGUCUGAUUAGGACAGAAUUGUGCACUGCUUUCUAUUUCAUUUUAGUUAGAUCAAGCAAUGAAAAUCUUUAAUCAAGAAUGAUCAAUCAGACCACAAUACAGAUGGAGAAUUCAACUUAACAAACUUGGUGAAAUGGCAGCAUUAUUAUAGAAUAAAUUUAUAAGAUGGGAACUUGCUAAAAAAAAAAUAUUCUGAAGUCCAUGAACAUGAAAACAUCAGGGUCCUGGCAGUGAAUUAUAAGGUUAUGGCACUGGUGGAAAAAAAAAAAACAUUAAUAACAUGAAAUAUAGGAGGUACUAUACUAAAAUAUAGGAGAUAAAUACAGUAAUGCAUAAAAAAAAGCCAGAAUUAUAAUGAAAGACUUACAUGAAAAGUUGUUUUGGCACCAAGAACACAUCAGAAAGAAACCCCUGUACUUUGUAAAACAAGGGCUUGUUAAUGUGUGUGUGUGUGUGUGUGUGUGUGUGUGUGUAUAUAUAUAUAUAUAUAUAUAUAUAUAUAUAUAUAUAUAUAUAUAUAUAUAUAUAUAUAUAUAUAUAUAUAUAUAUAUAUAUAUAUAUAUAUAUAUAUAUAUAAGAUCAGUAAAUUCAUUAAUCAGGUGGUGCAAGAAUAUGGUGUAUGAGUGUGUUGUGACUAGAGAGAGAAAAAAAGAGAUGGUUGUUUGCUGAUAUGGGAUGAUCACAGUAAGAAUGAAGGAGAGGUUUCAUUGGGAAAUACUUUUCUGAGACUUUGUUCACUGAUUUUAAUCUCACAUCUUAUUCAAGAAAAGAGGAAAGAAAAUGUUAUAAUGAUGCUGAUAUUUUACAAAUGCAUAGUAGAUUAUUUAAAGAUGGUUGUAAUAGAAGAAGUAGCAGCAGCAUUAUAUUCCUGUUGCUGUAUGCGUGCUGCCUUGCCUACCAAUGUUUAGCAUACAGGAGAGGUCUUGACGGGUAUUCUAUUUGAAACUGUUGUGUACAGAGAAGUUUUAUCCACUCUAAAGGAAUUAUCAGAACACUUUGAAUUUUUAGAUUUAUGCCAUACUUUUUAUAAGUGGUUUCUUAUUGUCAUGAGAAACAAACAUGUAAAAUACAUAGGAAAGGCCUACCAUAUUUAUACACCAGAAAAGAAAGGCUCUAUAUUUCCCUAGGUUCUGUGUUCAGCAUAGUGUGGGCUACGUUAAAGAAUAUUUGAACUUUUCUUUUCUAUGUGAAUACACAUCUGAAGGAAUCACUCACUCUCAGAUAGAAUGCAUAAUAUUAGUAAAGUAAUUAAUUUUAGAAAAAAUCAGUAUACUUGCAUUGUUUCCGCUCACAAUUAGUUCAAGAUUACAGCUCACAGAUUUUCUAGCAAUGUUAACUUUUCUAUUAGUGUCAGAGAUUUGGUUUUGUGGUUCUUACUAUUACAACUAAUGCUAUUUAAGACUGUACAUUAUGCGAAAGACACCGUUGGUUUUAUGUGUGCUUUUGUAUUGUUUUGUGCCAUUUUACCUACUCGGAUAUUAAUUAUUUACCCAUGUUAAAUCUAAUGUCUUUCAUGUUUGGUAAUAAAAACAAUGCUUGAUGUGCUAUUUGUUCUUGUAUCCAAUGAUGUAAACCAGAACCUUAUGUGAAAAUAUUAACCUACUGAGUCUACUGAAUUAAUGUCAUUUGGACAUUUGCAGCAUUAUUGUUUACAAAAGUCGCAGCUUAUGUGUGAUUCCACAAAGACUCAGCAAUUUAUACAGAUGAAGAGAAAGCUCAAAAAUGUAGUUAUGUUAAGAAAUAUUUCACAGAAGUAGGAAAUGUUUGCAUAGUGGUACUACUGUUGUUUUAUACUCUAAGCCCUGCAGUGAGGGUGUUAAUGUGUGUUGGAAACGUAGAUUCUGAGGUUGGUAUAAUGAUUGUUCCAGUUUUAGGUUUGCAAUUCUGUUACUGAUUUCUAAUGAAUUUUCAUUCCAGUCAUCCUUAAGGAUGUGUUGAUUUGUGUGUUCUAAGUGCAUGUAUAUCAAAUACAAGUAACUUCACCUACUGAAUGAAUUUCUUUGUAUCAGAGUGCAAACUAAAUGCUUUACAAUGUCAGCAAAUUAUACAAAAAUCACAAGUAAUUUGGCAGUGACACUAGCCCACCUAGGAAUACUGUUAAUUGCAAAAAAUUUCUUUUGGAAGAAGCUACAAGGUGUGAUAUAUAUACAGUUAAAAAGUGACUUCUUUCAUAUAUGUUCCCACUUUGGUUAUGAUCAUCCCUAUUAAGAAAAUUGCAUAUUUCAAGUGAAAAUUAAAGUGGUUUGUUUUGAUAAAAUAAUACUAAUUAUAUCUAGAGCAACCUAAGACCCAUUUACUCUAAACUACAAAGUGAAGUAGUAUGUAAUUCUCAUGCAUCGUGCAAAAAACUUCUUUUAAGAGAUAUACUAGCAGAAAAAUUACCAUGCAAAAUUUUUAUUUACAUUAUAAAGAAAAGUUUUUGAUAGAAAGGGGCAUGGCCUUUUUUUGUUAAAGGUUACUGUCAUGCAAUUCUUGUAGAUAAUUCCAACAAAACAUGUAUGACUGCUACAUUUUAUGUGAAUGUUUCAGGAUUAUGGUUGAAGUUAAGCUUUUUUCCCUCAUAUAGCAGUGCAAUCCUUAGCUGGUUUCAAAAGGACUUUGUAGGAUAUGCUUGAUUUAUAGUUCUUAUUUUGCAAUUGGAGCACAUAAACUAUCCUUUCCCUGUGUAUAUGUCCAUUUAUAUCAAGAAAUAGUACUUGAUCUCAAGUGGGGUGCCAGCCAAAGGCAUACCAUAUGAGUUCAAAUCUUCCUCUUCUGUGGUAUGACUGUGUGACUGUGAACCUGAGAAUAAAUUUGUAUGUAGAAAGCAUUGUGCCCUGUAGCACUACAAGUGGGAGUUUGGGCUUGGCCUUGUAACAAAGAUACAUUUCACAGUUGUUAUUUAGCAUAGGCAGUAAACACUACCAUGAGUAAUUAGUUAAAUAUAUGGAGUUCUUGCUACAUAUACAUUAUGUAUUGUAUCAUACCAGAAUAUUUAUUUGGAAUAAUUUCAUUUGUAAUCUGAAGUAAAUAUCCGUGUAUAAAUUUGAGCAUUAAAUGAAUCUAAAUAUACACAUUAACAUAUACUGGACAAAGUGACCAACCACAACACAUUACUAAAAUAAAGAAAAGUAUUAUAUAAAUGGGAUUUUUGUUAUAUGUUUGAUCAUUAUAAAGCAUAAGUCACAUGCAUUCAGUGUUGCUUAGAUAUGCAUAAUAUGAAUCAUACAAACAUUUUUCAUUCCUUACACAAUUAUCAUUGACAGACACAUACUUUCAUUAACCUAACUGUUAUUUGAAUGAACUCAUACAAAACUCAGGUAAAUAUGUUUCUUAAUUUGUGUUGAUCAACUUGGAGCCCCAGCAAGCCUGUCCUUCCACCUCCCCACACUGUAAACUAUGGUCUCUGUUACCCUUCAGUAGAUUUUCUUAGCAUAGCACUUAGUCACAGAUUUGAAUAAAAUUAUGCAUUUUAAUCCUUAACAUUUCUGUCAAUUCAGGUCACCCACAAUUUCCUUUAUUCAAUGAUAAUUCCUUGGUCAUGCAUAAGAUACAUACUAUAUUAUAAAACAUCAGACAAUCAAAAUAUUAGUUAUGAGUCUUCACUAAAUUUCACUGUUAAAUGGUCAGCAACUUCUUUUUAUUUUAGUAAAGUGAUAACAUCUAUUUUUUCUCUCUCUCUCUGAAAUUAUUACAUAUGCAGAUUUUAAAGGUUUAUUUCAUGCAUUCUAAAAAGCAGUCACACAUAAUGAAUGCAAGCUUUAAUUUUGGGUCUUUAUUUUAUUAUUUUUUUUUUUUAUUUUUUUUUUUUUAUUAUCUAUUUAUUUAUUUAUUUGUUUUUAUUUUUAUUUUAUUUUAUUUUUUUUUUUUCUCAUCUCUAAUUCUCUUAAUUUUGAUAUUUUCUUUUGUUGUCCACUGUGUCUCUGUCUGUUGAGAGUUGAUGAGAAUGUGGAUCAUCACAAAUUUUAAUUUGUUUACUGAAACCUGUUUGUACAGAAGUUAUAAUAAAUAAUUGUACAUAAAA